GAAAGGAAAGGGGACUUUUGCCAUCGCGAACUGAAUAAUGGCGACCCUCUUCAACCUCUCUUCGUCUUGAACCUUUCCCCAGAUUUGUCGCUCUGGGGUCUGUAUAUAUCUCGCGCGACUUUCUUCUGUCUUCUGUAUAUAUACCCAUAACGCUCGUUUUCUGUUUUCCAUCGCAACAUGGCGCAAGCGAUGGACAGGUCACGAUGGACCACCAACCCCUAUUAUGCCAUAGUCAUCCUCAUUGUCGCGUGCGGCAGUAUCCCUAAAGGUUACGAUGAGGGAGGAUACAGCGCAAGCGUCAAGCUAGACUCGUUCACACACGAUUACAACCUGAUCUCCGCCAACUGGAAGGACGAUCCGAAUGGGCUGGCCAACCGCAAGGCUAAUAUCACCUCGUUUAACGUGCUAGGUGCAGCCUUUGGUGCGUUGUUCUCGCUGUAUCUCAACGAUCGUCUGGGUCGUCUCAACGCGUGGCGACUGGCUGUAUUGGUUUGGAUGUCGGGCACUUUCGUCCAGGUGUUCGCAUCGGGGAUUUAUGGCUUGUUGCUGUUUGCGAGAAUCUGGAGUGGUCUGGGAGCUGGCUUGCUGACGGUCGUAGUGCCGUUGUACCUGUCAGAAAUUGCUCCGACAAGGACGAGAGGUCUCGUGGUCAGCUGUUACAUGGUGAUUUUGUUGUUGAUCCUCACAGUAGGUUUCUUCAUCAACUAUGGCGCCAAAAUCCACAUGGCCCCGACGCGCAUGCAAUACCGUCUCGUCCAAGCCAUUCCCCUCAUCCCCGUCGGAAUCGCCUUCAUAGCAUCGUUCUACUGCCCCGAAUCCCCCCGCUAUCUGGCUUCCAAACAACGCCACGAUGAAGGCCGCGCCGUGCUCGCUCGCCUCCGCGGCAAAUCCAUCGAAGAUCCCACUGUCGACGAGGAAUUCAAGACAAUCAACAAACAAGUCCGCGAGAAAACCGCCGACCUAUCCUCCAUCUCGCACUGGCAAGCCUUCAAAGAAACCCAACUCAACCCCAACUACCGCCAACGCUUCUGGCUCCUCAUGGCCAUGCAGACGGUCGCUCAGUGGACGGGCGGUAACGGCAUCACUUACUACAUCUCCGACAUCUUCCAGUACGCCGGUGUGUCCGACGACAGCUCCCUCAUCUCCUCGGGCGCCUACGGCAUCGUCAAAUUCGUUUUCACCCUCGCCUUCACCUGGGGUUUAAUCGAUUACCUGGGCCGCCGGACCUGCGCACUCAUGGGUCUCGCCUUCCAACUCGGUGCACACAUCUACAUGGGCGCCUACAUGGGUCUCCAACCCGGCUCCUCGGACAACGAAAACGCCUCCAACGCUGCCAUCGCCUCCGUCUUCAUCUACGCAUUCGGCUGGUCCAUCGGUCUGUGCACAAUCCCGUACCUCUACGGUACGGAGAUCUUCCCCACGCGGAUCCGCAACAUCAGCUACGCGAUGAGCAUGUCGCUGCACUGGUUCUUCCAGUUCGCUGUUGUGCGGGUUACUCCUAACAUGUUCGUUUCGUUGAACGUAUGGGGCGCGUACCUGUUCUGGGCAAUUAUUUGUACAUGCGGUCUUGUUGUCCUUGGUAUAUGGAUGCCGGAGACGAAGGGCGUACCGAUUGAGCGGAUGGGUGAUUUGUUUGAUACGCCGUGGUAUCUUAGGUGGAAGGCUAAGGCGAGGGAGGUUGAAGAGCCGCCUUCGUCGUCGUCGGAUGCGGAUGGUGUUGAGUACACUUAUGAGAGGGGCCAGAAGAAGUAAGUGCUAUAUGGUGAAGUAAAUGUUGCUUCAUUGACUGGAUAUAUUCUUGAAGUGCCUUUAUAUAAUUUGUGUGUUAUCACUUUGUUUGAUUUGGUUUAUUUAUUCUAUACCCAUUUGUUGGACAUUUGGUGCAUUGGGUGCGAGUUAAAAAGUUGAAAUACAUGUUUUUUAAUAUCAGAAAGGGGAUUGCCGUUCAACCCACGCCUGAGCUUACAUCUAAUGAAAAGAGAAAAUCUAAUCCAAAGCUAUAUCAGAGGUCAAAAGUACAGGAGAAAAAA